GUCGAGAAGUUCUGUCCACCGCACUAGGCGGCACGGCAGCACCUCCAACACUUUCUAUGGGAUUCCAGCCAAACACAUCGACGGGGUGACGGCGUCGUCCGCGCCGCCGGCUGCCCUUUGGUUUAGGGUGCGAAAGCAGUCAUUCGCGGCGGCGACCGUGCCACCGGCGGCAACAACGACAUCGCUGGGGGAGCGGAGGGGUCGGACCAAGCGGCCGGCGUCGUGAAUUUCCUGUUGAUGUAAAUGGCCCACGAGGGCACCGCAGAGGAAUACCCGAGCUACUUGACGCCGGCGCCGACCCCAACUUCAGCGACUUAGACGCCCUCCCGGCGAUGCAUAUCCCCGCCUGUGAGGAGCACGCAGUGCCCGUACAGCUGCUCCUCGAGCACGGCGCGGGGUGUUGGUCGUAGUCGUGGUACUUCUGCUGGUACUGUCUCCGCAUGCGCCCUGCCACUUCUCUCCAUAGCCGAUUGCUCGAUAUGGUUUACCCUGGAGUGGUGAAGAUUCGCAAGGUGAAUUUUGAUGCAAAGACGGAACGCGACAUGAUCCAUGACUAUAAGGUUCCCUCGGACGUGUUUAACAAGCUGCACAUAACUGAGAUAAGCAAGGAAAGGGCUGAACGGGGCGACAAGCCGCGGGCAGCAAGAGAAAGACAACAAAUAAUCAAAUCUAACUGUAUGUUGCAGAUGCUGCAAAUAUCUAUAGAUCUAAAAAUUCAAACUCUACAGUCAGUGAACUGCAGGCACAACCUGUUCGAACAAAGCACUGGAUGUUUGUGAGGUGUUGGUCUUCCUCUUUGGGGACGCCCACACCCACUACUCCGGCGGCGCCGUGGGCGGCCAAGUCUGCAUGAACAAGGGGCACGGUGGCGGCACAAAUUCCUUGGCAUUCAUUGAUCAAUCGGUGUGCUAAGGGUGCCUCAGCGGGGAAGAUGAGUACUGUAGAUGGGCGUCUCGGCGGAUUUCGACUAAUGGGAAGAGGAAAGACGGGAUGGAUUGCACCAUAGCCAUGAACAAGACUAAGAGAUCAAUACAACAAAUUCCAUUCAUGGGUGAGGACCCUUGAAGAAAACAACAGGCUGACGGUGAAGGAAGAAGAAAACAGAACAUCUUACCGACUCCCUUUUCGACAACAAAGUUGAGCUCUCGAUCCCUACUGAAGAGAACGCAGGCCCCGGUCCAGCUGUUGACCUCCCAACGCUGUGCUUGAUCCCGAUGACAAAGCAAAACUCGCUCCAGUUCACAACCUCCCCACACCAAAAAUGGAACUGACCAUCAUCCUCUCCCCAGACUACAAAGACAACAAUGCCGGACACUGACAGCUUGAAGAAAUAGGAACACCGGCACCCCAGUCUUAGCAUGACAUCCACUAUGUAUCUAUGUAGUGAUCUACUGUGCUAUUAAUCCUAUUAUCACUGCCUAAUAUUACCGUUUUAGUGACUCAAUAGUCAGUACUAUGAAAUCA